AUGGCCGAACCCCAAAAGUCACCCCCAGUCAUUGAGACUGAGGGGAUUUCUGCUGUAUCGAAGGAUGUUGGCGAGGACCUUGAAGGUCGCAGCAACAGCCAACCCCAGAUCGAGGACUUCGAUGUGGAAACGGUAGAACGCGUGUACAGGAAACUCGACCUUCGCAUCAUCCCAGCCUUCUGGGUCCUGUACUUCUUGUGUUCUGCCAUCCGUUCCAACAUUGGCAUUGCCCAGACUAUGAACAAGCAGCAGGGCCAUGACUUGAUGACUAUGCUCAACCUUUCGGCAAAGGAUGUGUCCACUGCCCUGGCCUUGUUCUAUGUUGCAUAUGUCGUUUUCGAUUUUCCUUCAAACCUGGUCAUGAGCAAGCUCAGCCCUAGAAUCUGGAUGGCUAGGAUAGUCUUCGCCACCAGUCUUAUUGGUGCCUGCUUCGCUGCCGUGCAGAGCGCAUGGAGUGUGAAGUUUCUCCGCUUCCUCUUGGGUGUCGUUAUUGCCGGAAUGUGGCCGGGAAUGUCCUAUUAUCUCACUCUCUUCUACCCGCCCUCGCGCACGGGAAAGAGGAUCGGCAUGUACUUCAGCGCCGCCCAGGUCUCCGCCGCAGUUGUCGGUCUCGUGUCGGCCGGUUUCCAGCUCAUGGAUGGUAAAGGCGGCCUAGUUGGGUUUCGCUGGAUGUUUCUUAUCUACGGUCUCGUUGGCAUCGUACUCAGCAUUGCCCUCAUCUGGUGGCUCCCGGACCGCCCAUUGAUCCCAGGCCAGGUGCGAGAGCGUUCGGGCUUGUCUCGUUGGAUUCCUGCACCUCCAGAGGCCUUAACGGGGCAGGAUGCUGUUGUUCACUACCAGGACCUCAAGCGCGUGUAUCACGCCCGGCCUUGGAAUCUGAAGGAUCUCGUGGCGGUUUUGCUUGAUUGGCGGCUCUGGCCUCUUACUAUGAUGUACUUCGGUGUUGUCGGUGUUGGCAUCGGCACCCAGCUGUACGGGUCGGUUAUCAUUGCAGCUAUCCAACCCACCGCCAGUUCCAUUGAGGUCAGCUUGUUGUUUGCACCAAUCUGGAUCAUGGACUUGAUCGCUAUUCUGACCAUUAUGCCGAUCUCGGACCGAUUCCAUCAAUACCGUGCCGUCAUCUUCUCCCUUGCCGUCUGCAUUCAAAUCGCCGGUCUCCUGACCGUCACAUUUGCAACCAACAACGGCUGGGCAAGAUAUGGAGGCCUUCUCAUGGUGGGCUUUGGUCUCGGACCUACGGUGCCAAACUGUAUGGCAUGGAGCAAUGAGGUUUUCCAGAAGCGCCAUGGCGAGGUCGGUGUCGCUGCCGCCACUGCGCUUGUUUCGGGGCUGGGCAACCUGGGCAGUGUCACAACCACAUACGCCCUUUACUCAGGCUGGCCUGAGGACGCAGCCAAAGGUCCACACCAGUACCGCAAGAGUAACCUGGUUAUGAUCGGUAUUCUCUGCAUUAGCAUUCUAAGCUCUGCUGUCAUGUGGAUUGCCCUCAAGAUUGUGGGCAACCCACCCAGCAGCAAACUGCAUGACCUGGAUUCAUCAAGCGAGUUUGAGGAUGGCGCAGCAAGACGUGAGACUCGCCAGCGUGGCUUCGGGUUCCAUCGCGGCCCGGCUUCCGACUGA